AUGGAGAUCGCCCCCGGUGACCCUGCUAUUCUCUACACGGGUCCUGAAGGGCUUCUUCUAUGCCAAAUUCCCGAAUACCAGGGAGUUAUUGGUAACAAGCAGCAAGCGGCCAACUCAGGAGACAAGCGCCUCUUGCAUCGAAAGGGAGAUAUUUUCGAUCUGUGCAAGGUCAUAGGCCGACAAUAUGGCCAGAAGUUCUUUUGGGACUCAGUCGCUGAUCGCUGGUCUGUGUUGCUGCAGCCCACUGGCGAGCUGAUUACUCGUACCGUUACGCAUCGCACCCAGAUAUUGUAUAGAGCUGACAUAUCGCUGGCUGUGAUGCUUCUGGACCUUUGCCCGGGAAAACGCGUGGUUGAAUGCGGUUCACUGAGCUACACGUUAGCGACGACCGUGGCGCCUACGGGCCACGUAUUUACCUUCGACUUCCACAACCAGCGGCGACAAUAUGCAGAAGAAUUUUUCAGCAACUGUAAGCUGACAGAAUACAUCAGCGCUUACGAUCGUGAUGCUUACGCUCCUGGCGCAUUCCUUGUGGAGGGUGCAGUAUGUGAAUCAUCCAUCGACUCGUUGUUUUUCGAUUUACCAUCGCCGUGGGAUGCUCUUGAUAACGCAAAGGUUGUGCUGAAGAACUUUGGGAAGCUGGUGACUUUUUCACCGACUGUAGAGCAAUCGCAACGCAUUUCUAAGGUUAUGUCUGAGUCGGGCUUCAUAGAGAUAAAGACAUUUGAAGUCCUUUGCAAGCCUUGGGGCAUCGGUUUCGACGACUUGGGCAAUUUUUCCUGCUACCAGCUGGCACAGGUAAACCACACAGGCUACCUCACUGUGUCGACGCUAGUGAAAGACUAG